GAUAAAAGCCGUUCUCCCGGCUCGGGGAGCCACAGAGUCCGCUCCGCCAGAACUCCCGCCAGCCGUCCAGCUCCAGCCACCGCCGCCGCGACUCCCCGAGCUGAGCCCCAUGGCCCGCACCGCGCCCCGCGCUCCCCGGCUCCUCGGCGCCGCGCUGCUGCUCCUGCUCCUGGUCCCCGCCGCCCGGCGCGCCGCAGGGGCGCCCGUCGUCACCGAGCUGCGCUGCCAGUGCCUGCAGACCGUGCAGGGCAUUCACCCCAAGAACAUCCAGAGCGUCAAGGUGACGCAGUCGGGCCCCCACUGCGCCCACACUGAAGUCAUAGCCACUCUCAAGAACGGACACGAAGCCUGUCUCAACCCCGAAGCCCCCAUGGUCAAGAGAAUCAUCGAAAAGAUGCUAAGCAACUCCAACUGACCAGAGGAAGGCGGAAGCAGACUGGUGGCUGCACCUGAAUCCGGCCUUGCCCUUACAGGAAUCAAAGAGGAAAAAGUGGAAUCGUCAGCGCCCAGUGCCACCAGAAUUGGGCCUCAUACGUUUUGAGCGUCUCUUAGGAGAAGCCUCCUAUUUAUUUAUUUAUUUAUUUGUUGGUGGGCUGGUUUUCAGAGAUUCUCUGCCACUAUUUUACAUGCAACGUAAUUAUAGGCUGCGACUGAA